AUGCGCGGGCUCUCCCGCGCCGUCCGACUCAUGGCGGGGACCGGGGUCGGGACCGGAGCCGGGAUCGGGGGCUCCGGAGGCUCCUCCAUGGCCGGAAUCGGGCCCGGGGGCUCCGUCGCCACCGCGGCCGGGCAGAAGCGGCCGCAUCCCGAGCCCGCCCCGCUCAUCGGCACCCACGACGGCACCUUCCACUGCGACGAGGCGCUCGCGUGUUUCCUGCUGCGGCUCCUGCCCCGCUACCGGGACGCGGAGGUGGUGCGGACGCGGGACCCCCAGCGCCUGGCCCAGUGUGACGUGGUGGUGGACGUGGGGGGCGAGUACGACCCCGAGCGGCACCGCUACGACCACCACCAGAGGUCCUUCACAGAGUCCAUGAGGAGCCUCCGGCCCGACAAGCCCUGGAGCACGAAGCUGAGCAGCGCCGGGCUGGUCUAUUGUCACUUCGGCUCCCAGAUCCUGGCGGCGCUCCUGGGGCAGCCGGAGGACGGGCCCGUGGUCACGGCGCUCUACGAUAAGCUCUACGAGAACUUUGUGGAGGAGAUCGACGCCAUCGACAACGGGAUCGCGCAGGCGGAGGGGGAGCCCCGCUACGCCCUCACCACCACCCUGAGCGCCCGCGUGGGGCACCUGAACCCCCGCUGGAACGACCCCGACCAGGACACCGAGGCAGGGUUCAAGCGGGCAAUGGAGCUGGUGGGGAGUGAGUUCCUGGACCGACUCGACUUCUACCACCGGGCCUGGCUGCCGGCACGGGCACUGGUGGAAGAGGCCGUUCGGCGCCGCUUCGAGGUGGACUCGAGUGGGCAGGUGCUGGAGCUGCCCCAGGGGGGCUGCCCCUGGAAGGAGCACCUUUUCCAGCUGGAGAAGGAGCUGGCCCUGCCCAGGCCACUCCAGCUCGUGCUGUUCCCGGACCGGGGCGGGCAGUGGCGGGUUCAGAGCGUCCCCACGGGACCCCACACCUUCCAGAGCCGGCUCCCCCUGCCCGAGGCGUGGCGGGGGCUGCGGGACGAGGCCCUGUCCCAGCUCUGUGGUGUCCCCGGCUGCGUCUUCGUCCACGCCAGCGGCUUCAUCGGUGGCAACCGGAGCCGGGAGGGGGCCCUGGAGAUGGCACGGCGGGCACUGCGGCACGGGGGGGGCACGCAGAGCGGGUGAACCCCCCCUCCCACCGUGGUCACCCCAAAAGGGACCCCCCAGCCCAGUGCGGGGGGUUCCAGGGGCAGCUGGGACUGUUCCUGUAGUGGGAUCACAGCGAGAUGCUCCGAGGGACCUGCCAGGGUGGGGGGCAGCCCCCCCCUCGGGGUGGCAGCGUGCCCACCACCCCUGGUGCUGGAAGGGCACCAGCCCAGUCAGAGACUUGCUGGCUCCGUUUCUCUGGAGUUUGCUCCCGUUCCUGUAUAACCCCCCCCCCCCCCGUUCCGAGGGGUUUCCAACACCAGUAAAGACCAGUGUGUGCCCA